AUGGAGGCCAAGCGAGAGCUCCUGGUACGAAACAACAGACCGUACCUACCUAGCUCUCUUGAACACAACAUUGGAGAGAGCGCCAAGAAGGUCGAAUCUGCCCUCGUUUACAUUAUUGGGAACCUCUUAAGCUCACAAUGCAUGUGCUGCGAGCGCGGGAUAGGCCCGUUUCCGUAUUAUGUGCGGGUUUUCGACUCGGAGAAGUCUUUCCGAGAGAAUCAUAAGAUCGCUGUCCACGCACGACACAGUCGGGAUACCGUACACGCGAUGAACGCGGCAGACGUCAUAAAGGACACUCAACGCCUGGCUGAGGAAUACGGGAUUAGCAACGAGCAUGCCAAAUCAGUCGCCGCAAAAGUUGAAGACGGAAACCUUGACCUGUAUCAACUCGUGGAUCGGCUGAAGAAGGUCACUGUGGCAGUUGAAAAACUGGUAAAGGAGGAGGAGGAAGCAAGCGCCAGGCUCAACCACGUGAGCCACGGAGGGGAAGACGGUUUUGAGCCACUGCUCCUUAGAUCUGUUGGCGCUGCCAGCUCUUUUUAG